UCAAACCCGAGAAAAUAAACGAAAAACCAAAAUCCCUAAAAGCUUUUAGACUUAUCCAUGGCGAAAACCCUAGACAAAUCAAAGAAGCGAAGACUCGUGAAAUCCAAAUCCAAGAAACUAGAUAAGAAGCAGAAGACUAGCGAACAUGAACAACAACCUGAAUCCUCGACGCCAUAUUCAAGUUCAAGCUCCAGCUCUGAUGAUUCUAGCGAUUCGGAAUCAGAGAAAGAAGAGUUCGAAUACGACCCAGAAGAGCUCCGAGACCUUCUACGACCUUAUUCCAAGGAACAGCUCGUCGACCUCGUUUGUUCCGCCGCGAAGAUCGGUUCCUCCAUCUAUUCCGCCGUCGUAGAAGCCGCAGACCGUGAUGUCACACAUAGAAAAAUCUUCGUUUAUGGACUUCCAUGGGAGACGACUCGCGAGGCUUUUGUUGAACUCUUUGAAGGCUAUGGUGAGAUUGAAGAGUGUACCGUCGUUAUAGAUAAGGUUACUGGUAAGGCCAAAGGGUUCGGAUUUGUUGUGUUUAAGACUAGGAAAGGAGCUAAAGAAGCGCUUAAGGAACCGAGGAAGAGGAUUCUUAAUAGAACAGCUACGUGUCAGCUUGCUUCAUUGGGGCCUGCGGCGUCUGGGAAGGGCCAUGAUCAAGCGGGUCCGGUGAAGAUUAGUUUAGGUUCGAUGGGUAAUCAUGGCCAGCCCCAGCAGCCUCAAGGGCAACAUAUGUUUAACGGUGGUGGAAUGGCUGCAUCGCCGUUUAUGUUAGGGAACCAGUACAAUCCGUAUAUUGGAACCGGAAUGUUGGGGAAUCCAGCUUUAUCAGCAGUUGGAGGAGGCUACAUGUAUCCCAUGUUAGCCGGUGCUCUGGCUCAUGGUGGUAUGGGUUCUGAUAUGUUGUUACAGUCGAGUCAGAUGGGUGGGAUUGGUGAGCCAGGCGUUGGUGUUGCUGGUGUUUCAGUUCCUGGCAACUACUUUAGAGGUCAGAGUCUACCUAAUAAUAAUGCUUAUCCUGAUUCUGAUACCGGGAAAAGAGGGGCGGGUAAAGAUGCGGAUCCUGGUGGUUCCUCCUUUCAAGGCUACUCAAACUAUUCAUGAUGAUGUGAGCUGAGCAUGAGAAUGAAAAACAUGCAGUUCUGGAAUUUCAUUUUUAACAGUUCUUUCUCCCAUCUCCGUUCUCUUCAGUUUCACUUUUGUAUUAACUUCCUGAUAUUUCUAUUAAAAAGUACUUUUCUAGUUUUUAGUUUUUAGUUUUUUGUAUUAUUUUUUCGUUCUUGUUUUCUUUUCGGUUUGAUUUCACUCUUGCCCGGUACCAUUUGAGACGACAGUCUAUUAAUGUCAUUGUGAUUAUUCGUUAAA